ACAUGUACUCGUGUUUUAUAUUUCUGUAGCCUAAUAUUCCCUGGAGUGCGGCUGGGUGCUGACAGUCAAUUUAGUGAUUUCCUUGAUGGCCUUGGACCUGCACAGUUAGUAGGUCGACAGACACUAGCAACCCCUGCUAUGGGUGAUAUUCAGAUUGGAAUGGUGGAUAAAAAAGGCCAGUUAGAAGUAGAAGUCAUUAGAGCCCGAGGCCUCACGCAAAAACCUGGCUCCAAAUCUACACCAGCUCCCUAUGUCAAAGUAUACCUGUUGGAAAAUGGAGCCUGUGUAGCCAAGAAAAAGACGAGAAUUGCACGGAAAACACUUGAUCCUCUGUACCAACAGACACUGGUUUUUGAUGAAAGUCCACACGGUAAAGUCCUUCAGGUGAUAGUUUGGGGAGACUAUGGCCGAAUGGAUCACAAAUGCUUCAUGGGUGUUGCACAGAUCCUUCUGGAGGAACUUGAUCUGUCCAGUGUAGUAAUAGGAUGGUAUAAAUUAUUUCCACCCUCAUCACUAGUGGAUCCAACCUUGACUCCCCUGACCCGCAGGGCUUCCCAGUCAUCUCUGGAAAGUUCAACUGGGCCUCCGUGCAUUAGAUCAUAGUGAACUUAUAGCAGAUGCUGUCUAAUAAAAAUGUUACCACCCAAGAUAACAAUCAGAACCAGAUUCUUAUAUGAUCAAAAGCAUUGUUGGAGAGAGACAAUCACUUCUGUUUUGCCUGUAGUAGUUAUCCAAAAAUAUGUCUGAAUUAUUUGUUAAAAGAUGGCUUAAAUUAACAGAACAAAAUAGUAUAUCAAAUACAGUAAGUCAAUCUACUAGUGAUAGUCACUGAUGCUUAUUACAAUUUUUAAAAAGAGCGGGACCUUUAGAUUAGAAUAAAAUGAAAAAACAAUACAAAACUGGAAGCUCUCACUCUGUUAAGUGUUGUAUUUUUUCACAUUUUGACAGAGCCCACAAGCAGUGUUAACUUCCUGGUGUUUCAACAGUUUUUCUGUACUUGUUACUUCCACUAGUUUUUUUGCUGUGUGAUUCUGCCAGUUUUGUAAAAGUCCUCACAAUGCUAACAGAGACCCUUCCUUUCGUUUUCUAAACCAAACAAAAAAGGGCUGAAGUAUAUCUCUGUAAGUAUCCCUUCAAGUGUUCAGCAGCCAGAAUUACCAUACAUGAUGCCACUAAGGUUCUCAUUGUUUCUUAGUUCUGGUUCUUCCAAGUCUUUCAGAUGAAAACCCAGAACAAAUGACCAAUCAAGAUUAUUUCAUUAACAACAACAACAACAACAACAACAAAAUCACAGUGCUAGUUUUUCUUUGUAAAAAGCAAAUAUGUUUGCAUUAAAUAUAAUGUUUUUUAUGUUUUAUGAUGUUUUGCAUGGAAGAGUUUUGAAGAAAUCUAUCUACAGCUCAUGCUGGGGAUUGAUAAAAGCAGCUUUAGUCUUAAUUUUGACACUGAAAAUAUUACUGGUAAUGCAGUUUUCUUCUUAGACUCAGAGAGGAGAUAUUUACGUUCACGUGUAUAAAUGUAUAUUUGACUUCCCAAAAUGUUGACCAGGAAUGGGGUUGAGCAUAUGACACUUUCAGCUGUACCCAGGCUUCUCUGAUAUGUGUCACUUUAGACACACAUGUCUGCCCUGGAUAGAGCAUGGUAUGAGUUGUUCAGUAUUUCACUGGAAAUUCCAGUUGAAAUAUUCUGCACUUACUAAUGUUUUUAUCAAAUUUUAGUUUACAUUUCUUUGAGAUUGAUGCAAGCACAAAGCUUGAUUUUUUAACGCAAGAUAUCUUACUUUUUUGGUAAAAAAAAAAAAUCAAAUUUCAAUCUGCAUUUUAUUCAUUUGAGUUCUUCUUGGCCUUGAAAUCCCAUGUGAUUUACUGUAAAUGUGCUAAAAACUGCAGACUCUGCUGGUUCAAUGAUAUGUUUUCCCUCCUUUUACAGGCCAUUCAAUUUUGUGAGCACACACACAAAUAGGGCAGCAUGACUUGGAACUGUUCAAAGCUGCAUGCACGUUUUGUAAAAAGAAGCAAAAAGAUUAUUUAAUAAUGUAUGUUAGUUCCACAUAGGCCAGCUUGUAUGUUGCAUGUACUUGUACAGUUUGCUCGUAAUUACUAUACUGAAGUAACCAAGAAAUCUAAGCCAUCCAUUUUUCUUAUAGACAUUUUGCAGGUUUUAGCCAGGCAAGGUCUGUUAGUCUGGUGCUAAAUGUCUAUAGAUGGACUUUAUUUUUACCCUAUGGAAAACGUGAUGUAGUAUGGACCAAAUUCCUUCUAAUAAAUAUUUUGGUGUAGAUUCCUACUGUGGGGCUGUAACACAUGUAGAAACUCUGUGCACACUAGGUUUUAAUUCAUAGACAUACUGCCUGCACCAAGUGAAAUAUUUAUUAUUAUUUAACAUGCCGGAACUAUUCUGCCCAGGGUUCCAUAGGGCACAGAUUGAUUACUGCUCGACCUGCUGAGCAGGAAGAACUGAAGCAUUGGUGCACUACUACUAGAUUCUGUUCUGUCUUAGUGGCCAAAAAUCAACUAAUUAUAAUUCGGUAGUAUCUUUCUAUUUUGACCACUUGUCUUAACACUCCCCUGUGCUUUUAAAUGAACUCCUAAAUCAUGUUAUGUAAACAUGUUUAAUAAAAUUUCCUUUUCAUGUCCAGAGUAGUUGUUGUGUUCAGUAUGUUCUAAGGUUUGGAUGCGACUCUUCUCACUACCAAAUUGAAUGAGAUGUGUAACAGAAGUGAGCAAAUAAGUGGUCCAUUUAACUGAUGUAGAAGCAUGUGUUCAGCUGUAGUCUCAAGCCUAGACCUGGGGUAAGUGGGUGCAAGUCAUGUGAUUUCAAUGAUGUUGCAUUCCCUUCCAUGAAGGAGAGGGCCAAAUUGUGCUCUCAUUUAUAUGCAGUGCAAUUGUAUUGAAGACAUUGGACCAAACUGAGACUUGGUGUAAGCAGAUGCAACUCAUUUGAGUUCAGUGAGAUUACAUCUGCUUAUACUGGGUUGGAUUUUGGUCCAGUGGAGUUGCACAGAUGCUGGUCUCAGGUCUGUAUUUGGUGUAAAAAAUGCUAUGUAGGUACAAAGGGCAAAUUCUGCUCUCUUGCAAUCAUUUAAAUCCAGAAUAACGCCAUUGUUAUUGACACCAAUACAUAUAUUAUGAAUAAUUAUUUAUGCCGGUGUAGCUGAGAGCAGAAUUUGGCACUAAAUGUUGUUAUUAGAGAAGCAAAGAUGGUGUAUUGUGUUUGAUUUUUAGUUCUCCUUAUCCUCUAGAUAUCAUUUAAUAUAAUUUAGAAAUACCCUAAAGACUAUCACAUCACUUUGUACACAUACAUUUAUUGCCUUGUUUAAAUGAAUACAUAACUAAGCUUCAGCAAAAUGAAUUAUUAAAAUGAUAACUCUAUUCACAAAAAAA